UUGGAGCGUGAGCAGAGUUAGGAGCUUCACUUUCUUUCCCCCAGUGCAGAGAGACAGCACGCCAGGCACGAGGCUAGCCUACUCCUCCCCUCUCUUCCUCCCCUUUCUCCCACUCUGCCUUUUUUUUUUUUUUUUUUUUCCUUGCUUUUUCCUGGGCUACUGUCCAGAGAAUGACUGGCUCCAGUGGACUUCAGAGGAGGAACACAGCCUGAGGAAACAGUACUACAGGAGCUCCCAGCCCUUGCCUCAGCCUGCUGGGACAGAGAGGUUUUACAAAUCAGCACCUCCUUUACCUUUGCGAGAUUUCUUUUUUUUUUUCUGUCAUCAGAUCACAAGAGGACUGGAUCUAAGCUGGGCGUACAGACAGAAGGACUGACAUAUGGACAGAGCAGUGGGCACUGCGGCAUGAAUGUAGCAACUGGACUUCCUCUCCUCUCCGUGGUUACUACAACCAAAACAAGGAUAAUCGUCAGAUCACCUUCCUGUCCACUGAGGUGGUGGGUGGAUGCAGCAUUCAGCAGACUGCUAUAGGGGGAACGCAGAGACUGUAUAGAAGCUGCAGAAAUACAUCACCACAAAAAAAAAAAAAAAAAAAGGAUUUUACCUCCAAGCAGACUUAUAGUUUGUGGAAACUUGUGGGGGUAAGACAGUGGACUUUUCUCUCUUUUUCAUGGACUUUGCUGACCCUUCUUAAGGGGACUUGCAGGAUUUUUCUGUUUCAAAUUAAUGUGAAGCGCUCGUCCCAACUAUGAUGGAAGAGUGCUUAAGGACUGUGAAUCUGACGCUGAUGCUGCUGUGUCUCAUCCUGCUGGGUACAGCUCACAGCAUCUACCCAAGGAUACGACUCUCCCACAAAGAGCUUUCACAGCUGAACAGGACCUGGGUGUUCGAGGGACAUGGAGCAGCAGCCCUUCAGCCUCAGACCAUGCUGCUUGAUGAAGGCCACGAGAGGCUUUAUGUCGGGUCUAAAAACGCUCUGUUCUCUCUUAGCCUGGACCGGGUUGACGCACACCACAGUGAGAUCCAGUGGUCCAGUACAGAAUAUCAGAUCGAGGAAUGUUUGAUGAAGGGGAGGGAAAAGCCGGAGUGUGCUAACUACAUCAAGGUCUUGCAACAGUACAACCAGACACACUUGCUGGUAUGUGGAACAGGAGCCUUCAACCCAAUCUGUGGAUUUGUCACAGUGGGAAACACACAGCAGGACAGGCACUUUGCUCUGGAAGACAACAGCAUUAUAAGUGGAAGAGGACGCUGUCCAUAUGACCCCAACAGCCCCUGCACAUCUACGCUGUCCAGGGGAGAGCUGUAUAUUGGCUUAUACACUGAUUACUGGGAGAACGACGGAGCUUUGUGUCGACUUAACAACCAGACCUACACACGCACUGAAAGAGACGACCGGCAACAACUCAAUGAACCUACAUUUGUGGGCUCAGCAGUUAUUCCUGACAACGAUGACAGGGACGAUGAUAAAGUUUACUUCUUCUUCACCGAGCGUGUGGUGGAUCCCGAGGGAGUGAACAAAGCUGUGUAUUCACGCGUUGGCCGAGUCUGUGCGAAUGACCAGGGAGGGCAGAGGAUGCUGGUGAAUAGAUGGAGCUCCUUCCUGAAAACACGACUCAUCUGCUCUGUGGCCGGACCAAACGGCAUCGAUACACACUUUGAUGAACUGGAGGACGUGUUUGUGCUCAACAACAAGGAGAAGAAAAACCCGGAAAUAUUUGGCCUAUUUAGUACAACCAGUGCGGUGUUUAAAGGCUAUGCAGUGUGUGUCUAUCACAUGGAGGAUAUCAGAGCUGCCUUUAAUGGUCAGUUCGCCUACAGAGAGCGGCCUGAGCACCACUGGACUCCUUAUGAGGACAGAGUCCCGUACCCUCGACCUGGAUCUUGUGCCAGUAAAGUGAACGGAGGAGGCUUCUCCAGCUCGAAGGAGUUUCCCGAUGAGGUUCUGCGAUUCAUACGCUCUCACCCCGUGAUGUAUCGUCCGGUCUUCCCUCAACACCGCAGACCUGUCUUGCUGCAGACAGAGCCGGGCGGGAGGAAGCUCACCCAGAUCGCCGUGGACAGAGUCCAAGCCCAGGAUGGACAUUACCAUGUUCUCUACAUUGGCACUGAUGACUCCAUGGUGUUGAAAAUUAUCACUAUCUACAACAAAGACACAGACACUAUGGAGGAGGUGCUGCUGGAAGAGCUGCAAGUCUUCAAGGUGCCAGUGCCUAUCAAAGAGAUCAUAAUAUCACCUAAAAGGCAACAGUUGUAUGUGGGGUCAGAGGUGGGUGUGGCCCAGGUCAGACUGCAUCAGUGUGACCUCUACGGCUCUGAAUGUGCUGAUUGCUGUCUGGCCAGAGACCCUUACUGUGCCUGGGAUGGUGUCACCUGUUCCAGAUUCUACCCUGCUGGAGUCUUCACCAAGAGUAGACGAUUCAGGCGGCAGGAUAUUCGCCAUGGCAACGCCGUCCAGCUGUGUAAUGGGCUGCAAAUUGACAAUGAACAAUGGCAGAGAGCAGAGGAGAGGUUUGUUUACAGUGUGGAGAGCAACAGCACUUUACUGGAGUGUGUCCCCCGAUCACUUCAAGCCAAGGUCCUCUGGUUCUUACAGAGAGGGGAAGAAAAACACGAGGUUCGAGGUGAUGAGCGGGUAAUCGUGACUUCCCACGGGCUGCUGUUUUUGCAAGUGAGAAGCUCUGACGCUGGUGUGUACGUGUGCCAGACCGUCGAACAUGGUUAUGUGCACACAUUAUUACGCACCACUCUGCACGUGCUCAGAGGAGAGAGGGUGGAGUCAGCGAUACACAGAGCAAACGACGGGGAGGGAGAGAAAGCCGCAGCUCUGUGCCAGUCCUUCACUGGCCUUCCUCCUGGCCCCAGCGUCAGCCCCAGGGUCCUCCUGGUCCCCUCCUCGGGCCCGGGCCCCAACUCCAGGCUGUGGUACAAGGAGUUCCUCCAGCUGAUUGGCUACGGGGACGCCCAAAGAGUGGAGGCGUACUGCGAGAGAGUGUGGUGCUCGGAUAAAAAACGCAAAAAGGCCAAAAAGAAGUACGCUCCUCCUGCCGGUGAGAGAAGAGGGAAGGGGAGGAGGGAGGAGAACUCCCACCGAGCACCCAGGCACACCUCGGACACCUGAGGAGCACACGCUGACUGCACAUAUACACACAUGCACGCACACAUAGAGUCUAAAGGUCAGUGUUCGCACCAUGUAAAAAAAAUAAGGUUUCACUUUGCUUUAAAACAAGUGCAGUAACAGUAGAGCAACAGUAGCAGGCUGUCCUGCUAUUAUACCUCCAUUUAUCACUCUCUAGUUAGUAUUUUACAAAGCGGUGUUUUGCCUUUUUUUGUGUGGUGUAAACUGAUUAUCUGGUGCAGACACUGUGUAAGCACUUAAAAUGUCAGUGUCAGCGCAGAGCAGAGCAGAGCAGAGGCCUUGGUAGGAGAUGGACGACUGAUUAAGCGGCGUCGCCUCUGAUCUGAAGAGACAGAAUACAACAAAUCAGCUCCUGUGGACUGACCCAGCCUGACUCUGGUGUCAAUCAAAACACACACACACAGACUGCUACCCUACACCUCUGCUCCAACUCUCAUUCCUUGACUCAACAUGACAAAACCUACAUAUAUAUAUAUAUAAAUAUCUACUAUGAGAGAAUAACAACAUGUUAAAGAAAAGACCCUCUAAGCUCUUUUGGUACUAUAACUUAUUUUCUAUGUCUCUACUUUGAGUUCUGUUGCUGUUUAGAUGUCGUAAACUGGAAAAGGUAGUGCUGAUGUUUUUUGUACAGUUAAAAUAAGCCGUGAGCUGUGUGAUACUGCUAACUGUAUAAUGUGGAAACUUAGGGUUACAUUGGCCACAAUGCAUUCAUUAAGAUGUUGCAAUGCCAAUAAUAAUGGAUUAUAUGAGGCUUGUUUUCAUUAUAAUUGGGCCCUCAAUGGAAAUAAAUGCUACUUUGGAGCUUGUUAAAACAGUUAAGAGUCGAUGAAAAGAACUCCUUUAAAGGCUUAAUAUGUGAUUUUUCACACUUAAAUAUAUUAUAAAUCAAGUAUAUCCUCUGAAAAUAACUC